GCUUUAACUUCAGACUUCGGAGGUGGGCUGUGUGCACGUAACUGGAAUGCUUCCCCCCCUCACUCCUUCUCAGUGAGGGAGAAGUGAUUUGACAUAGCGAGAGCUCAUACAAUAGCUGCUGCUGCUGCUGCUGCUUUUUGUCUGUGGAAUCUGAAACUGAGGGUUUUAUAACCGUUACUGGAAUUAUUGCUAUUGUGCAGUUAUAAAUGGAAUUUCUUUAUAGAUACAUAUUUUCUACUUCAUCCUACUGGCACCGACUGAAUGAAAUUUUAGAAAGGAAACCCUGUCACUGGUAUUAGCAUGUUUUGGUUUCCCAAAGAAAUGCCUGUGAAUUAAAACGAGAACCCUCUGAAGUGAGCACCUGGCAAUUUCAGACAGAAUGAGGAAAUAUGCUGAGCUGGAAAUUCUGAUCAAGCACUAAGUGAAUGGUGCAGCCCAGCAGGCAUGGAUUUAUCAGGAAACAUCGGCAUUCAAAGUUUAUAGUUGGAUGAUUGUGGAAAGAAAAAAAGAAGCUAUCAUGAUUCAAGCCUUAACAUCACGAAUUGUUUUGAGCACAUGGAGCUGAAGUUACCAUCUCUAGCCACAACAUUAUGUAAAAGAACUUCUAAGCAUUCGAGAAUUUUUUUUUGUUAAAGAAGUUGUUCACACACACUUGGGGGUAAAAGGAGAGAGAGAAACCUCUUCCCUCUUCUUCAAAGUCUCAUUCCUGCAGAGUAACAGAAACUGAAGCUUUUAUCUUCAACAGCCUGAUGUGCUUAUUUACCAUGAUGAAACUUUAUUGGAAUGUUCAUUGAACAUAGUGGAGCUCACCAGGAAAGAUAUUAUACUCGCAAGCAUCAUUUAAGUAAGUACUGUGAAGGAAAUACAGCUGUGUGAACUAAACUAUAAAUUUCUCCAAGCCAACUUGGUUUCUAGAAAAUCGUAUGCCAACUGGAUUUUAGCAAGCACAAAAGGUUCCCUCGCAUCUUUAAAUAAGAUUGCUGAAAACCAAACACUAGUCUCUGGGCAAACCUCAUUGCAACUUGACCAUGAUCAGUGCAACCUGGAAUUUCAUCCUAAUUUGGACAAAGAUAGGGCUUUUGCUCAAAAUGGCACCUCACUCUGUCAGUGCCAAGUUCUGCCCUUCAGCAUGCCGCUGUGAUGCAGGAUUCAUUUACUGCAAUGAUCGCGACUUGACAUCAAUUCCUACUGGGAUUCCAGAGGAUGCUACAACCCUUUACCUUCAGAACAAUCAAAUCAAUAAUGCUGGAAUUCCUUCUGAGCUAAAAACCUUGAUCAAAGUGGAGAGAAUUUAUUUAUACCACAACAGCUUGGAUGAAUUCCCUACCAACCUCCCAAAGUACGUCAAAGAAUUGCAUUUGCAGGAAAAUAACAUAAGGACAAUUACUUAUGAUUCACUUUCACAAAUUCCUUAUCUGGAAGAAUUACAUUUGGAUGAUAACUCUGUUUCUGCAGUUAGUAUUGAAGAUGGAGCAUUCCGGGAUAAUAUCUAUCUUAGACUUCUUUUUCUUUCUCGAAAUCACCUUAGCACCAUUCCCUGGGGCUUGCCUAAAACAAUAGAAGAACUGCGCUUGGAUGAUAAUCGCAUUUCCACAAUUUCGGAGCUGUCCCUUCAAGACCUUACAAAUCUAAAACGUCUAGUUUUAGAUGGAAAUCUCUUAAGCAAUCAUGGAUUAGGCGAGAAAGUCUUUAUGAAUCUAGUCAAUUUAACAGAACUCUCAUUGGUCCGUAAUUCCCUUACAGCAGCUCCAAUAAAUUUGCCAGGCACAAAUCUGAGAAAGCUUUAUCUGCAAGAAAACCAUAUAAAUCAUGUAUCAGCUAAUGCUUUUGCAUACCUACGACAGUUGUAUCGGCUAGAUAUGUCCAAUAAUAAUCUCAGUAAUUUACCUCAGGGUGUCUUUGAUGACCUGGACAAUAUAACCCAAUUGUUUCUUCGCAACAACCCUUGGCACUGCGGGUGCAAAAUGAAAUGGGUUCGUGACUGGUUGCAAAUGCUGCCUCUCAGAGUUAAUGUACGUGGACUGAUGUGUCAAGCCCCAGAAAAAGUUCGUGGGAUGGCUAUCAAAGACCUCAAUACAGAGCUAUUUGAUUGCAAAGAUGAGGAUAUUGAAAGCACUAUCCAAAUUACUGCUUCAGUACCAAACACUUUAUACCCUGUGCAAGGACACUGGCCAGUUUCUGUGACCAAAUCACCUGAAAUGAAGACUCCUAAUCCACAUAAAAACUACAGAACAACUGCUACCCCAGUACAGCAAAUCAUUACCAUUGUUGUAAAGGCUGUAAGCACCGAGACUAUUCAUAUUUCUUGGAAAGUUGCACUACCCAUGACUGCUUUAAGACUUAGUUGGCUCAAGAUGGGUCAUAGCCCUGCCUUUGGAUCUAUAACUGAAACCAUUGUUACAGGAGACCGGAAUGACUAUCUGCUUACAGCACUUGAGCCAGACUCACCAUACCGUGUAUGCAUGGUUCCCAUGGAAACCAGUAACAUCUAUCUGUCUGAUGAAACCCCUGUUUGUAUAGAAACUGAAACUGCACCCCUUAAAAUGUACAAUCCUACAACCACCCUAAACCAUGAACAAGAAAAAGAACCAUACAAAAAUUCUAGUUUGCCCUUGGCUGCCAUCAUAGGGGGUGCAGUGGCACUAGUAGCUAUAGCUCUGCUGGCUUUAGUCUGCUGGUAUGUCCAUAGGAAUGGGUCCUUGUUCUCAAGAAACUGUACAUACAGCAAAGGGCGUAGGAGGAAAGAUGAUUAUGCUGAAGCUGGAACUAAGAAGGACAAUUCUAUCUUAGAAAUCAGGGAGACUUCUUUUCAGAUGAUAUCUCUGAACAAUGAACAAGUGUCCAAGGAGGAAUUUGUAAUACAUACCAUAUUCCCACCUAAUGGGAUGAAUCUAUACAAAAACAACCACAGUGAAAGCAGCAGUAACAGAAGCUACAGAGACAGUGGUAUACCUGAUUCAGAUCAUUCACACUCAUGAUACUAAAGGAAAUUAAAGACUUGUGGUGGUUUCUUUUUUCCUUUCUCACAAAGAAUGGCAACUUGAAAAGGUUGCUGGCCUACUGCAGAACACUGGAUUAAAAGACUGAAUAAGCAAUGUAUUGUACAUUUGCCAUAUAAUUUAUAUUUAAGAACUUUUUAUUAAAAGUUUCAAAUUUCAGGUGACUGCUGCGAUUAAUGUAGCACGGAUGCCUGAAAACAAUUCUAUAUUUUAGUAUUUUUUAGUAAUUUGUACUGUAUUUUCCUUGCUAAUAUUGAAAUUACAGACCAUUUAACUUUUGUGUUCUACUGAGUAAGAUGACUUGUUGACUGUGAAAGUGAAUUUUCUUGCUGUGUUGAACAAUCAGGACUUUGCAUACAUUUGAGAUCCUUGUAAGUAUAAGCACAGGCCAUUUUCACUUUGGUAUUCGUAAAAGGUUAAACCUGGGAAACUGAAAAUGUUCAGAAGUGACUGCGAAAUUGAUCAAAAUACAAUCUUGGGUAUAUGAAAUACAUAAAACAACUAAAAACCUAAUGUGAAAAGUAGUGGGCAAUACCAGUUACUUAGCUAUAACCAGUUUUGUAAGUAAAAGGAUACUGCAGCAGAUAGCUGUUGUCUAGGUAAGGCAGAUGAAACACGAAUAAAGCACAUAUUACUGAUCUAAAUGCAUAAAAGCAGGGUCAGCUCUUAUUUUUAUGAAAAAUAAAAUCUAAGACUACCCGAAACAUAUAAAUGUCCAAACCUAAAUUUAUUCUUCAUUCUAUAAGAGAACUUGUAUAAUUGCGAACUGCAGUUCUUCUAAUGUAAUGAAAGCAUAUGCAAUUAAAUGUAAACUAUACAUAUUUCAACUGCCAUUGACAAUAUUGCCCAUUGCUAUCACAGUUAUCUGAAUAUUAACAAACACACAAGUGAAGAUACUUUGAUCUGGCUUUCUACUUAGUUGUGAUCUAUUUAAUGUUUAAUACCCAAGACAUUUUGUUGCCAUAACUAUUAUUCCCCAAAUGAAAACCAAAGUGCAUUGAAAGCCCUUUGGCCAGUCUUGUAUGUGCCUUGAUCUAAAGUUAUAUGUGUUCCGCUUUUAACUGGGAACAAACUUUUCACACACAUACACUUAAUUAUGGAAAGAUAUUGGUCUUAAUGCUCAAUAAAAUAUAAAAUGAAGUAUCAUAAA